CAGUUAGAACUUAAAAAGGCUACAGUUGUUGGAAAAGUUGUCUAUUACCUGGCACGGUGGCUUACAGGUUAACUGAAAAGAUGCAGUCCUUCUAUCUGAUUAGCGUCCUUGCAUGCUUGCUUCCGGUCGCUUUAGGCGAUGAUCCUAGUGUUGCGUGGUGUUAUAAUGAGCCUACCUGCAAUGACACAACUUGGCCUAGAAUUGCUACAGAUUUCUGCAACGGCACCCGCCAGUCUCCCAUUGACAUCGUCAGUGCCAGUGCUGUGGCUGAUUCCACUCUAGGGGCUUUCACUUUGGCUGGCUUCGAUGACAAAACUGCCUUCACCAAGAUUGAGAACACAGGCAAAACUGUGAAGAUUGAGCUUGCGAGUGGAGCGAUGAAUGUGAGCGGAGGAUCCCUCCCUACUGAUUACAGCUCCUUGCAGUUCCAUUUGCACUGGGGAAAUGGCAGUUCUGUCCCUGGCUCUGAGCACACCGUUGAUGGCAAACGUUACCCCAUGGAGUUGCACAUUGUGAAUGCCAAAACCUCUCUCAAUGGAAACUUAACUGAGAUUUUAGCCGACAGUGAGGGACUGGCUGCUCUUGGCUUCUUCAUCGAGGUUGAAUCAGGAACAACUGACCAGCCAGCAAGCUGGAAGAGUCUUGCAGAUCAUCUGCGGAACAUCACAGAGAGUGGUGAAUCUGUCAGCAUCACUGAUAUCUCCAUGAAUGACCUAAUCAGUGGAGUGGACACUACAUCGUACUACAGAUACCUUGGCUCAUUGACCACUCCCAACUGCAACGAGGCUGUGGUUUGGACAGUAUUUAAGGACACCGUCAAAGUCAGCCAAAAUGUGAUUGACCUCUUCAGCAACACCGUGCGUAUUGGAGAUAGCACCUCAGAGCUCGUCACCAACGUGUUCCGCAAUGUGCAGCCACUCAAUGGCAGGCAAGUGUCAACCACGGUCGCCAGCUCUGCAACCAGCUUGGCAACCACAUCUCUACUGGCCCUCGGACUUGCAGCACUACAUGGGAUCCUCCAUCUCGGCUAAGGGGUCGGGAAGACGGUGACCUUACAAGGGGCCCUGACGUUGAAUAGGAAUGUUAAGCUCUGGUGAUUCUGGCUGUCGGUUGAAUUAGAUUACUCAGGAAUCUUCUCUGAAUGUGAAACGAGUGGCCAUUCUACGUUGUACUCUACCACCUUACUUUUUUUCAGGGGAAAAGAAAUGCUGCUUUUUUUUUUUUUUUUUUUUUACCACGCAAAUCUGCAAUCACAGAUUUUCGUAGCUGAAAAGAUUUGUGAUUUCUACUGAAUGGCCAGCAUGACCCACACACUCAGGGAUGUGCUUCUCUCCAUUUCUUCUCCUAUAUACUAUUUAUACACUUGUGUAAAUAAAACAAACGUGUAAGUUAUGUUUUUAUUUAAUAUAUUUAGUCUGAUCUAGUGAUCCAGUCUGUUUUCCACUGUGGGUUUACACUUUGAAUGAAGGCCUGUGAUUAACAGGAACCUUAAAACCAUGAUGAAGCUACAUCAUUUAACGCACAUUUUUUUGUUAGUUUGUUUUUGUGAAGUAUAACAACAGAUGAGAUAUGAAGGAAAUAUUUGUCAGAAGUGAAUGUAUUUAAUGUUUUUUUUUCUUCCAAAACAAUUAAAUUGAAUGUAAUGAAUGAAGGCGUGUCUACUGGGCUGUUAUUUGCCAUCACAACUUUUUGAGUUAAUGGGUGAAGGGGAAUGUAAUGUAAUUUGAAGGCACUGGCCAUUACUGCUCUCCAAUCAGUUCACUGUUGCACUGUUGCCAUGUGUGCAUGAUGUAGUCCCCCCCCCCCCUCUACAGUGUUCCAGGAGAAACAGAGGUGUUCUUGAUUUAAUUUAAUAAUGUUCUAACUUUUGUUUAAAGGCAAUAAAAAUCAUUACUUGAGAUUA